AUGGAAAUGCGCAAGAACGCGUCAGUGGCGCGCUGGGCACGCAAGGAGUGGCAGGGCCGCGCCUACUUCUCCUUCAUGGGUCACCCACAUUCUCUUAAGAUCAUCAACCUUCGCCACGAAGACAAGGGCACCUACGUUUGCUCGGUGACCUUCCGUGACGGGACCACCAGGAACGCCACCGUCUACCUGCAGGUCAUCGUGCCUCCUGAGCCACCUGUGAUCAUGGACACCCAAGGCAAUGCUCUCUCGGGAAAAAUCGGCCCUUUCAACGAGAGCAGUCGACUGAGCCUAAUCUGCGAGGUCCGAGGCGGCAAACCAGCGCCGACACUGACGUGGAGGCGCAACGGGGAGCCUGUGUACGCCAACGCCAUCGCGACGGCGUCGGGCGACGUGCGUCGCUCGACGCUGACGUUGCACAACCUGCGCCGCCAGGACCUGAUGGCGCUGUACUCCUGCGUGUCCUCCAACAACGUCUCAAUACAGGGGGAGGCCUCCGUCACGCUCGACAUGAACCUAUCGCCGACGAUGGUCCAGAUACGGCGCACGGAAACCCCCGUAUCUGCUGGCCUUCCGGCCGAGAUCCUGUGCGAAGUAUGGGGAUCUCGGCCGCCUCCGGAUAUCAGCUGGUGGAAGAACAGCGUUCAGUUGGAGCAGGCGUUCGUGCACGUUUCGCAGGACGGCAACCUUACCACGAGCGUGGUCGAGUUCACGCCCAUGCAUAGCGACAAUGGCGAGACACUCGUCUGCCGCGCCGAGAACAAACGCAUGCCGGGAUCGGUGCGGGAAGACCAGUGGGACCUCAAUGUACACUACCGGCCCAAGCUGCGGCUCCAGAUGGACCCGAACCUCGGUCCCGACCGCCUGCAGGAAGGCAUGGACAUAACCCUGGGCUGCAGCGUGGACGCUAACCCGGCCAUAAGGGAGCUCCUCUGGCAGCGAAACGGCCGCCCGCUGGUGCCGGCCAGAGAUGGUGUCACGGUGCAUCGCGAGGCGCUCACCAUACAGAAAGCAACGCUGAUGCAUGUGGGGAAUUACACAUGCUCAGCUGCCAACAGGGAGGGCAGGGGCCUCAGCAACGUUGUGCAGCUGCGACUGAAGCAUGCUCCCGUGUGCAAGUCCGGCCAGCGGCUGGUGUACGCGACGCGGCUAUCGAAGCUGCUACAGGUGUCCUGCGAGGUGCAAGCGCAGCCGCCGGCCGUCACCUUCCGCUGGCGCUUCAACAACUCGCUCCACCAAAGCGCCAGGCUGGACACGUACAGUUGGGAGGGCACACGAAGCGUGGCUCGCUACGUGGUCCGGUCGCACCAGGAGUUCGGCACCCUCCUGUGUUGGGCGCGAAACCAGGUCGGCGACCAGAGGCAGCCCUGCGUGUUCGUCGUCGUCCCGGCCGAAAUGGCAUUAUAUCACUGUGCGGAGGAGCUUUCGAAAGUGUUGUCGCAGUCCAGUCUAUCACAAGAGAGGAUGCAAGAACUGCUAAAUUACGACAGCGGUGCCAACAGACGCUCGGUUCAAUUGGCAAGGGCACUACCCGUGCACCACCACUACGUGCAAAAGGUGCCAAUGGUGCUCAACAACUUCGCAGGGAGCACGUACAAAGCUUGUGUGUAA